CUUGCACACGGCAGCCAGCAUUGAGACCGCUGGCGCGCGGCGACCUCUCGCCCGCCGCGAACCUCUCACUCGGCGGCGCGUCAGAUGCGAUCUCUACUCGAUUUCAAUCGAGUGGAGCUUUCGGCCCUCAGCAGCCACAUACAGUGGCCGUGCGCCUAUUGUCCUCGUCGUGCUUGGCACUUACCUUGUUCUCCAGGGCGUCGGCGCUGCGCUCGUUCGUGUUUGGCGCAAGGUUCCGUGUUUGCCCAUGACACACGAGCUCGAGAUUUUUGCGCUUUUUCCGCGCCUUCUCGUACUCGCACCACGUGGCCACGACGCUCGAGACACCAGCAAUUACCAAUGUUUAAAGCGACGACGCCGACAUUGACUGCGCGCGGACGACGCUCUGUACACCAAGACGUAGAAGGCCGCUUGGAGGCGCAGAUUUGUGAAAAUCUCGCGCGGAAGUGAGCCGCCAACCCGAGCGCGACAACCAAGAAGGUCGAGAACGACAAGGAAGAGCUCGAGGCGCAUCGGCAGCGCUUGUUGCGCAAAAGCAUGCGUUGCUUGAAGCAGCUCUGCGCCGGGCCGCCCUUGUCGUUCGAUCGUCGGUGACCUCGGCUAGCUCUCGACGCUCGUACAGGCUCGCCAAGCGGGCCGAAAGGCAAUACACAAAGCGCCAUGUGACGACGAAGGCGAGGACACCAAGGCGACCUUGGAUGCGUCCACGCCGAUGCUCUUGUCGAUUUUUGUCGUUCGCUUUGAAAGUGGCACCGAACGUCGCAUCUCGCCGCUGUCGGCGCUGGCCAACGGCAUGCAGCAGUUUCCCGACACGAUUGCGUCGACGCUCAUGGCUAAGUGCGAUGCGUUUGGCGCACCGGUCAUGUGCCGCCACAACGACAUGGAGGCUGACAGAGGCAUGGUGGCGCACCUCGGCGCGUGCAUGGAGCACUGCACCAAGACAGAGAUCCUCUCGCGCGACCACGUCAUGAGCUUAUUUCUCUCGGUUCGUAUCGCCAACAUGCAAGACCCGAACCGCAAGACGACGGACGCGAUGCAAGCGCUGCAGUCGAUGAAUUUUGUGCACUUGAUCGACGCGCCAUUGCUUGCGCUUGUGAUGUCCAUGCUUUUGCGCGGCUUGACAGACCGCAUCUCGGAGACGAAGAAGGCUGCACUUAUUUUCGACAACAUGUGCUCGAUGGUCAACGACGCCAAGGACCUCACACUGUACCUCGACACCAUCUGCCGGCAGACGAUGCUGCUCGACUCGAUUCCUGAGUGCCGCACGGUUUCGUCCAAAGCCCAUGGUAUGCUCGUCAAGGGCCAGAGCCACUUCGCGCACCUCGUGCCACGGGUAGCAAGCUAUAAAGUCGUUGGCGGUCGACGAUCGAGCGGUCGAGUUCGGCCAAGGGUCUCUGUGAGGUGCUCGUGCACCUUGGCCCGGACGCGCUUGAUCUCGAGAGUCUCUUGGACGAGUCAGACGGCGUCCGCGACGUUGCCAUGCACGCUGGCUCGAUCGUCGUCAAUGGCCACGCGCUUUCCAACUUGCUUGCGCUCGAGGCCGGUAUCUUCGACGACAACUGGCACAUUCGUGAGUCGCCGAUCUCGCUCCUUGGCGACUUGAUGCACUGCGUCAUGCCCGAGGUUGGCCCGAUCCUGCGCGCGGGCCUCGACCCGAUAGACCUCGCCGAUAUGCGCCUGGGCUACUGCUUGGGUCUUGCCGAGGUCAUCCAGUGCUCGCCCAAGGAGCAACUCGAAGAUUUCGUCAAGAGAUUUGUCGUGGCGCUCGAAAAUGCCCUUUGCAACGCACUGUCCGAGGUCCGCCGCGCGGCCAGUGAUACGUUUGAUGUC